AAUGGGGCUAAUCCAUCUUUCUCUCAAACUCUACAUCUAUCAGUCUAUCUAUCUUAUUGAAUAUCUAAGGAGAUCUUUCUUUGGGAUUUUUAUGUCUUUUCCCACCACCAAUCCAUUUCAUUUCCUGUUUGUUGAAACAGUCCUUUAGACAUGAAAGCACCUAUCUUUUCUUGUCUACAGACACUCAUGUCCUAUAUCUCACUGGGUUUGUUCAUGUACUUUUCACCCUAACAUCUCUCUCUCUCUCUCCCUACCUCCCCUUCUUUUACUCAACGGACUGUUUUUCUUCUUGUUGGUGGAGUUGAAUUGUUGCUAGAAGAAUCUUUUUUUCUUUUUUUCUUUUUAAUUAUUUGAAGUUGGUGGUGGUUUUUGGUGAGAUGGGGUCUUUGGGUGGAGAGGUGUUGAUGAAGAAGAAGGCAAUGUGGCUUUAUCCUAAGGUUUUGGGCUUCAAUCCUUCUGAGAGAUGGGGCCACUCAGCUUGCUGUUCUAAUGGGGUAGUCUAUGUUUUUGGGGGCUGCUGUGGUGGGUUGCAUUUCAGUGAUGUGCUUAUGUUGAAUCUCGAUACAAUGGUCUGGAGCUCCCUUGUGACAACGGGUCAGCUUCCUGGUACCCGAGACAGCCAUAGUGCAGUACUUGUUGGUGAUAGGAUGGUAGUUUUAGGGGGUACGAAUGGUUCGAAGAAGGUAAACGAUCUUCAUAUAUUGGACCUACAGACGAAAGAAUGGAGCCGACCCGCUUGUACAGGGGACCCACCUUCGCCUCGCGAAAGUCACUCAGCUACAGUAAUAGGCAAUGACAAGCUGGUGAUUUUUGGAGGUAGUGGAGAAGGGGAAGCGAAUUACUUGAAUGAUGUGCAUAUCCUAGACCUUAAGGCCAUGCGAUGGACUUCUCCAAAGGUGAAGGGCGAUCUCCCUGCACCGAGGGACAGCCACAUUGCGGUUGUGGUUGAGAGCAAGCUUCUUGUUUAUGGUGGAGAUUGUGGUGAUCGAUAUCACGGUGAAGUCGAUGUUCUUGACUUGGACACACUAACGUGGUCGAGGUUGGCAGUUCAAGGAUCUUCACCAGGGGUUAGAGCGGGUCAUGCAGCUGUAAAUAUCGGGACAAAGGUUUAUGUCAUUGGCGGCGUUGGUGAUAAGCAUUACUACAAUGAUGUUUGGGUUCUUGAUCUGCACACCUGUUCAUGGACUCAGCUUGAUAUAUGUGGCCAGCAACCGCAAGGGCGGUUUUCUCACAGUGCCGUGAUUACAGAAUCCGACAUUGCCAUCUAUGGAGGGUGUGGAGAGGACGAGCGGCCUCUGAAUGAAUUGCUCAUCCUACAAUUAGGGGCAGAGCACCCUAGUGGACGUUACAACAUUUCCUUGUGCAAGACUUUUGGUAGCCAUUGGAACCAAGAAAGACGGAGAUUUUUGAGAGGAAGUGAGAACUUGCAGAGAGCUAUGGUUUUUAGAAAUGGAGAACUGAAUAGUAGGGCCCGCGAAAUGGAUGGCGAACAGAAGCACCCUCUCCUACGUAAUUCGGAUAGCAUGCAUCCAAAGAGGAGGAAAACUGGUGAUUUGAAAUUUUGGGAGGUUGAAUCAGAACAAGAAGAACAUUCUCUGUCUCUAUCCCAAAACUCGUCGCCGUCACAAUCCGAUCAAGAGCAGACCACAGCUCAAAAACUGACUUCUGCUGCUUCAGACUCCGUCAUGGUCUCCCCGCCCUUCGGAUUGUUUAAGCGGAGGAAUCCGAUCAAUGGCCACUGCCAGUCUAACAACGCAGUGAAUUGCCAAAUGGAGCAGAGAAAUGGUACAGCAAGGACUGGUCAGGAUUUUCAUUUUGUGGCGCCUAAACCAGAACAGUUCCUCCGUAUUGUCCACACGGGAAGGCAAGAAGGGAAAUAUCCACCGUCGGAUCAGAAGGCUCUUCCAAGAUCUGUAGUUCCUCCACUGAUUGGUGCUGAGGUUCGAGGAACGGUCGAUGGAGCUUUUGAUUCCGGCUACCUCAUGACUGCAAAUGUCAAUGGCCAGAUUCUGAGAGGGAUCUUAUUCACUCCAGGACCCGGUGUUGUAACAAGAGCAGCCGUUCAUCCUCCUAAUCCACCUCUAACUGCUCAACCGUGUCCAAAUCCGAAUCAUGGCUGUAUCAGAUCACAGCAACCAUCGACGUUCGUACUGCCAGAAUCCGGCCAUCGUGCCCGGCAGGCCCAAUCGCCGACUGUCAUCAGAUCUGUGCCGUCCAUAGGCAAACAAGCAACAAGACUCGGUAGUGAUCUGCAAGGCGUUGUUCUAACACUAGGUGGACCGGGCAAUUGUCAUGGCCCACCGUAGAACUUCGCCAAAUCGACCGUUGUUCAAAGCUAGGCCAGUUUUUUUUUUUUCUAUGUAAAUCCUAAAAAGAUAAAAAAAAAGAAAUAAACGGAUGAGAUUUGUCGGGUUCAUGUAUCUGUUUGUGUUUGAAUCGUUGAUGGCCCACUGUUGUAUUGUUAGAUGCUAUUUUGGAUGGCAGUGAGGGAAAUGUGUAGAGAUCUUGAGCUUUGCUUUUUGCCUUGAUAUUAUCUGUUGUUCCUGAUC